AUGAGCGUCCCCGAAGCCCCUCAUUCAGCCCCGACGCGGGAUAUCGAGGUCUACCAGGACCAGGACGAGACAGAGAAGGCGUAUUCUGAGAAGCCAGCUCCUGUGGAGGACCCGUUUGGAAAUGAGGAAUCCGGGGAAGUCAAGUAUCGUGUCAUGAAGUGGUGGCAAUCUGGGAUGCUUAUGGUUGCCGAAAACAUCUCGCUCGGUAUUUUGUCUCUUCCAUCCGCUGUGGCGACGCUCGGAAUUGUUCCGGCGUUCCUCAUUAUCCUUGGUCUCUCUGCGAUCUCCUGGUACACCGGCUAUGUCAUGGGCCAGUUCAAGCUGCGGUAUCCUCAUGUGCACAGCAUGGGUGACGCGGGUGAGAUGCUCCUGGGUUCGUUUGGGCGAGAGCUAUGCUACUGGGGCCAGCUGCUGUUCAUUAUCUUCCUGAUGGCUAGCCACAUUCUCACCUUUACGGUGCUGUUCAACACCAUAACCAACCACGGCACCUGCACUAUAGUCUUCGGAGUGGUUGGCUUGAUCGUCAGUUGCAUUUGCGCCCUUCCGCGAACGACUGGCAAGGUUUUUGUGAUGUCCACUGUCUCGGCUGUCAGUAUCCUGGUGGCUACCAUUGUCACCAUGGUCUCUAUCGGAGUCCAGGCGCCCGAUGAUGUCCAGAACGACAUCACUACUUCUCCUACCUUCGUGGAUGCCUUCCUGGCGGUCACCAACAUCGUCUUUGCCUUCAUCGCUCACGUGUCUUUCUUUGGCAUCAUGUCGGAGAUGCAGGAUCCGGCCGAGUUCCCCAAGUCCUUGGCUAUGCUCCAGAUCGUCGACACCACCAUGUAUAUCGUGACUGCCAUGGUCAUUUACUGCUAUGCUGGCCCGCACGUAUCUUCUCCGGCCCUCUCCUCGGCGGGGCCUUUGAUGAAAAAAGUCGCCUACGGCCUGGCCAUCCCAACCGUCAUUGUCGCCGGUGUUGUAUUCGGCCAUGUUGCAUGCAAGUACAUCUACGUUCGUAUCUUCCGUGGCGAGCGCUCGCACCACAUGCACCAGCGUAGUUUGUUGGCCACUGGUACCUGGGUAGCUAUUGGCCUUACGACCUGGACUAUCGCUUGGGUGAUCGCCGAGUCAAUUCCUGUGUUUAAUGAUUUGUUGAGUUUGAUUAGCGCUCUCUUUGGUAGCUGGUUCAGCUACGGCCUGCCUGCCAUCUUUUGGAUGUUGAUGAACAAAGGGCAGUGGUUCUCGUCGCCGAAAAAGAUCCUUUUAUUCAUCGUGAACCUGGUGAUUUUGGGAAUUGCAUUUGCUAUUUGCGGUCUGGGACUCUAUGUUUCGGGCAAGUCAAUUCACGACAGCUCAUCCAGUGCCAGCUGGACCUGUGCCAACAACGCCACUUAG